AUGACUGAUUUUUUUAGCGGGAUCCAAGCUGGUAUGGUUGUCAAUGGAUUAGAGAACAUCGAACAGUCGCCCAAAGAUUGGAACAGUGACGGGGAUGGUUCAGGCGGCUCAACUGGUUUGCCUGAAUCACCAUGUUUCACGUCCAGGCUUUCUGUGCUCAAAGUGGGUUCAGUCAUAAGCAAGUUUUCUGAAUUCAAGUGCCAAUUAGUCAGGGAAACUGGAUUCGAUGGAAUGCUUGAGCUAAAAUCAUGGCAGAAGAUCAACCUAAAAUACAACGCUUAUAUAAUGGAUAGAGUCGAUGUAGAUGCAAGUAUAAUAAAUCUUGAGCGCCAAGGAGUUAUUGAACUAUGUGACAAGGAUAUGAAUUAUGUGUUUGGCAUCCCAUGUGGCGAUUCAACCAUAGAAGGCGAAGGAGUCGAGCCGUCAGCAGCUUGCAUUGAGUAUACCCGUGCGGCAACAUCGUUUAGUGACAGAGGCACCCACAGCCUGAAAGCAGCAGAGGCAUACUUAAGCAGAUGCAUAACAGAAUCAUCUACUCAAUUAGAGCAGGACUGCUUCAAAAUUGCUUUUGUUAUUUUUAUUGUUGGUCAUGUGCUGGCACCUACUGCGAAGCACGAUUAUAUAUCAAUUGAUUUCUGGGCUGCACUGAAUGAUAUCAGCAAGAUAAAGGAUUGGAAUUGGGGAGGAUACGUGUUGAAAAAUCUUUUUCAAGCUGUCAAAAAGUUCAAGGCAGAUGUUUUGAGGAGAAACCCAACCGUGCAUAUAGUUGGAUGUCAUCUGUUUCUGCAGCUUUUUGUGCUUGAUAGCCUCGAGCUGGGUGUUCUAAACAGGGCAAGAGGUGUAACCCCGCGUAUAGGCUUGUACGACUAUGAGUCGAUCAAGAAUAUGGUUGAGAAAAUUACAGUGAAUUUUGCCCUGGGCGAAGUUUCCUUUCACGGCGCACCGGUGCGGAGUGAGCUCUCCGUGUGA